AAAAGGUUUAUUAUAGUGAUAGUCGUAUUUGUUUUAAUUACUUCGGAAUGAGAAAAUUUAAAUUAUAUGCCAUCACACAAGGUUGAAAAAGUCACUGAUCCUAUUCCAAAGUCAAUCCUUUAUUGGAACCCGUUUUGGGGGCGAAAGGAUUACUAUAUAGGGUUCGGUGCGGAACCGUUUAGAACAUGCGAGUACAAGAAUUGCUUUGCCACGGAUAACAAGACAUUCAAACCAACUGACGAAUUUGAUGCUAUAAUCUUUCACGUUUCGACAUAUAACCCAAAGAAAGACGGUAAGCCAAGCCGACGCAGCGAAAGACAAGUUUAUAUUUUUAACAACGUGGAAGCACCAGCAUAUAUCGCACCGAAUUUUGCAAAAUUCAACUCGUUUUACAACUGGUCAAUGACUUAUCGCUUCGACUCGGACAUAAUCUCUCGACAUGGCGCAUUCGUCAAGGAUGAGUCGAAUAAUUACAGUUUACCAUCAGUCCAAGUGAUCAAGAAGAAGACCAAGCUGGUCGCCUGGUUCGCCAGCCACUGCAAAACGUCGAGCAAACGAGAGAAACUGGCGGAAGAAAUGAAGAAGUAUUUACCUGUCGACAUUUACGGGAAGUGCGGCACCCUCAAAUGUGAGAAGGCGCGAGGGAACAAGCUUUCAUCGCCGAAGUGCUACGAGAUGUUGGAGAACACUUAUAAAUUUUAUCUGUCGUUCGAGAAUUCUAUCUGCAAAGACUACUCGACUGAAAAGCUAUACAACGUGCUUAAGAAGAACGUGGUUCCGAUUGUGUACGGUGCGGGGAAUUAUAGUUUGAGUGCUCCUCCUUACUCUGUGAUUAAUGUCGCCGACUUCGACACAGUCAAACAGCUGACUGACUACUUAAUGCAUCUGGACAAAAACAUGACCGAAUACCUCAAAUACUUUGAGUGGAAGAAAAAGUUUAAAAUUGUAGAGGUUCGUAAAGGGUGUGACAUUUGUAAAAAGUUAAAUGAACCAUUAAGGAAGUCGGUUUACGAUGAUUUAAAGAGCUGGUCUUGGGGAAAGAAAGGGGAGAUUUGUAAAACUGGUAAAAAUCUACCACAGAUUGUGCAAAAGUUAUUAUAGUAUUUGAUUAUUUA